UGUCAGAUUUUGAGGUUAGAAUGUCCAUGUGUUUACUUUUAAAUUCGUAACUGAGAAAUAAACACGUUUUAAAAUGACCAAAGUUGCUACAAUGGAAGAUAUUCUGGCUAAACAGCAUUCACAAGAGGAAACAAGUAAAGACAACAAAAAGGAAACAAAAAAGACUAAAACUGAUGUACCAGCUGUGCCUAAAGGAAAGCCAAAAUCAGGGAGAGUAUGGAAAGCUGAACGCAAACGAUUUUCAUCCAUUAUUAAAACUAGAGGUAUAAGAAAUUCAUUUGAGAAAAAGCAGGAACUUAAGAAGAAACUGCAACAAGUAAAAGAAGCAUCAAAUGCCAUAAAAGCAGCAAGACAAGAAGCUAAAGAAUUACAGAAACAGAGGAGAAGAGAGAAUUUAAAGAAACAAGAAGAGAACAGGCAAAAAUCAGAGGUAGUUCAAGUGAUAACAAACACAAAAAAAUUGAAGAGAAUGAGGAAGAAACAGUUACGAUAUAUUGAAAAGAGGGAUACCACUACUGUAAAUAAAUAAAAUAAAUGUUUAUAUAGAAUUA